CCCUGCCUAGAGUACUCCCUUUGGCUAUAAAUGUAAAGCAUAUUCUGUUCGAAGGAAACCAUAAAAGUAAAUUUUGACCUUUGUUGUUUCUUACAAUAAGUCAAUUGCUAUAAAAUCAUUAUUGCUGUGAGUAUUUUGAAUACAAAUCUAUUGAUGUGACUUUAUACCAAAAGAUAUGUAAUUCGGUAAAUCAUCAUAGUCCAAGCUCGUAAAGUUUGACUUUUCUCGAUCAAAAUGGAACUAUGAAAGCUAUGCACAAUUCAAUUUCAUUGAUUGAUUACCGCUGCAUUUUCUGUACCACUAGUCUGUGGUUGUUGGACGACAUUUUGAAACAGAUGCUGCUUGCACGUGUUUGAAAUGACCAAGUCCUAGCUAAUCAUGCGCAUGGACUGAGGAAACAAAAAUGAUUUCUGGGAAAACAGCAUGGAUGGGCCAAAGUGGCAUUCCUUUCUAGAAAUAUAGGGGUGGCUGUUUUUUUUUCUAUUAGUAACCGUAUGGAGAAUUAGUAUGAAACUCUGUUCAGUUGGUUUGUCAGCCAGCCAACCAGCAAAAGUUGUGAAGAAGGGACCAGUGCUAGGUAGCUGGCCUGGCCCUUAUUUCGGUUUUUGGCCUAGUAGCAAUAUAGCAUGGCUGUAAAACUAAUGGGUCCUGCUUGACCGACCUAAAAUGACUUUGAUUGCAACUAUUUUAUUUGGUGGCGACCAUUGUAGCUGCUGCAGGAAGACGGUCUUUGAUUCAGAGGAGAAGAAGCUCGAAUUGAAGUGUUGAGCAGUUGAUGCACCGAAGUGGCUCGGCAGUGGCGCCAGCCAUAUACGCCCCUCUUCACUCCACCCGCGCAACCGCAAGGCACGCUCAGCACAGCGCUAUAUAUAAAUGCUCUGGAGCUGCACCAUUCUUUGACAAGCCAAUCAGCAAGAGCUAGAUAGCCUCGCAUCUCUGCUCCGCUCUCCUCCCCUCUCCUCUCUUCCGGCCAUAGCCUAUAGGCAGAGAGCGAGGCAAGUAAGUGAGGAAUCGAAGGUGCAUGAGCGGCGAGGAGCAGGGGAAGAGGUCGCCGAUGUCCGGGGCGGCAGAGUCGUCGUCGCCGGCGAGCUCGUGCGUGUCGUCGGACGCGGAGGACGAGGUGGUGGUGGUGCAGGCGGCGAAGCCGAUGGUGGUGGUGGGUUGCCCGCAGUGCCUCAUGUACGUGAUGCUGUCCGGGGAGGAGGCGCAGCCCAAGUGCCCGCGGUGCAAGAGCCCCGUGCUGCUGCACUUCCUCCGCGCCGACGCCGACGCCGACGCCGACGCCGCCAGCAACAACAACACCAAGCUGCCGGCUGCCACCGCCAGGCGCUAGCCACCACAGCCCACAGCCUCUUCUGUCUGUGUCCCUCUAAUUUAUAUUAAUAUAUUAACCCGUCGUGUGUUAAAUCUAAUUUGCUCGCUCUGUAGUUUCUUCUUCCUCCUCCUCCAUGUCUAUUUUCCUCAUUCGCGUGUUAAUCAGCAGUUUCCAUUAUUCUAUCUUCUAUCCGCGCGCACUAGUAGUACCGUAUCUUCUCUCCUUUAUCAGUUGGAAGUUAGCUAGCUAGCUAGCAAAGGGUGGAUUUUAGGCAAGUAAUAUAUUCUUAUAUAUAUAAUGUAUCCAUGAUGCAGCUGUGAGUUAAUUUAGCCGAUCCAUUCAAAUGCUUUCAAUUAAUCUCAGCUCAAAGCAAAGUUAAUAAUACACCCGACUGAUGGUUGUAAGGAUCUUUGCACUCUCUCUCAAUUAACCUACUCGUAUAGUAGUGAGCUCUUUACCAUUAACAUAUGUCACAUCUGUCCCCCUCACAAAAAUUUAUUGGUUCUUGUCGAAGUCAGCUAUAAGCUUACAGUUUGCUUCUUCAUUCAGCCUGCUUAUUACAUCUUUUUAUUAUGCUUGCUCUCAUGAGCUUCGUAGUCAGCUAUGUGCAGUGGAGGAUAGAAUUAAAUGGCAGCUACUUUUAAUUAAAUUUUGGGUAGAGUAGCCUGUGACCAUCCCAUCCAGGUCGCUUAAUUAAAAUGGCGAGGAGAGCAAUAAAAUGGUGGGAUGGAUCAUGCGUAACUUGUGUGCAUCUUAAUGGCUGGCCGGUUAAUUAUUGGGCAGAUAUGAUGUAUAGAUGCAUGCAUGGAAUGCAAUAGCAAUGGCUACCUGAAUCGUCGUCAUCAUCAUGUAAUAAACGGGACUUUACUAAUAUAUAGUUAGGAAAAUAAUAAUUAGGAGGAGGAGGGGAAAAGGGGCCGUUGAGAGGAGGAAUCGCAUCGCAUCGCAGCGGAGGCUUGAAUUAGCAUGUGAUGGUGAUGAAGCUAGCACGGCCACAUUUAUUUAUACCCAGACCCAGCAUCCAGUGACCGGGGAAGCAGGCCAACUUGUCUUUCUGUGCGUGCGUGAGCUCCAGAAAAGUGGUGGUGGUUCGCAUCUCGGCCGGUGCGUGGUUCGCACGCACACCUCCUGACCUCCCCUCCCCCAAACACAUGAUGAGCCACUAGCUCCGCCUUGCUGCCUUUUUAUGCCGCCCGGCCCGGCCGGGUUGCAAAGGGAAAGCUUGCUGCUGUAUCCUUCCUUCCUCGUCUUGCUCCGCCCCGCCGCCACCGGCACCGGCACCGGCACCGGCACCUUUCCUUUGCGCUCUUCUCUUCUCUCUCACCAUUGUUGCAUUGGCCGCAUGCAUGCAUGCAUCGCAGUGCCCCGCAACUUCCGGCUGCUGGAGCGCGGCGAGAAGGGCAUCGGCGACGGCACCGUCAGCUACGGCAUGGACGACGGCGACGACAUCUUCAUGCGCUCUUGGACAGGAACCAUCAUAGGGCCCCUCAACGUACGUGCCGUUGCCGCCCGCCGUGCGAUUCCACUCCAGGAUCAACCUCACCUGCGUCAACCCACCCGGACACAGGCCUCGUACGUCGUAUACUUGCUGUAAUUAACAACCAACUAAUAACUGUAUCAUGCAUGCAGGUUGAAGGGAACAAGUUCCAGAUGCUGUCCAAGUGGCAGCGGGAGUACACGAUGGAGCACAUCCUGACGCAGCUCAAGAAGGAGAUGGCGGCGCCGCAGAACCGCAAGCUGGUGCAGCCAGCAGCCCCCGGAAGGGACUUUCUUCACCCAACAAGAAAAUUAAUGAAAAGAUAUAUAUGAUGGAUGCAUGGAUGUUUUCGUGCUAGUAGGCUAGCUCCAAUUAAUUUCUUCAUGACCGUACCGUACUUGAUCAAAGAGGCUGUAUGUGUUGUGUGUACUUACGCAGUAGCUAGUAGUGUCGUAUUACUAUUAGUACGUAUGUGCGUCGUCGUCUUAUUAACUUAUUGAUCCAAUUGGUAA